AUGGCCAACCCCCCAAGCUCUCCCGAGUUUGACUGGAAGAUGUACCGCUAUACGCCAACCCUCAUCGGAGCUAUCAUAGCUCUCAUUGUCUUCCUCAUCAUGACUCUGCUGCACCUGUGGCAAUUUCUGAGACUCCGACAACGCAUUGUGAUCUUUGUGAUUAUUGGCGCCUUGUGCGAGGUCGCUGGCUAUGGGGCUCGAAUUAGCUCGCACUUCGAUAACGAAGCAUGGGGAUCGUUCAUUACACAAGGCGUGUUCCUCCUCGUCGGCCCUCUCUUCUUCGCAGCCACGAUAUACAUGAUGCUUGGCCGAACCAUCAGACUCGCGGGAGGAGAAGACGUCUCGUUCAUCAAGCCGAUGUGGUACACGCGCAUCUUCGUUACUGCAGACGUGACAACCUUGAUCAUCCAAGGAUUAGGAUCCAGCAUCAUGGGAACCAUGCAACUCAAGCUCGCACUUGCCGGCGAGAAGAUUGUUAUCGCCGGUCUAGCUCUACAAGUCGCUACCUUCAUCGUUUUCCUCGUCGCAUCGAUUGACUUCCACAUCCGCAUGAAUCGCAAGACGCGCGGCUCCGCCAGUACAGAUCCUAACAUAGACUGGAAGAAGAUGCUCUGGAUUCUCUACAGCGUCAGCGCAAUCAUCUUGUUCCGAUGCACAUUCCGUCUCAUUGAGUACGCGAUGGGCAACGCGGCCUAUCUCAUCGCCCACGAGUGGACGCUCUAUGCUUUUGACUCGGUGCCAAUGUUCUUGGUGCUGGUGCUGUUGUUGGUGCUGCAGCCUUCGAAGUACGUGUCUGAUCAGACUAAAAAGGUAGAGGAAUCGAGGGGUAGCGAAGAUGGCAUUGCGCGAAAUGCUUGA